AAAAAUCCCUAAAGUACUCCUUUAGCUGCCUCCCCUCUGCACCUUCUUGUUUGUAUCUUGUGGGGUAGGUGGGUUGGCGAGGUUCGUCAGUCUCUGAUUGCGAACACGGAAUCUCCUGCAAGCAAACCGACGAGUGCUUCCCCUUCAGCGGCGCUCUGGUUCGGCCCUCCAAAGGCGACAGAGUCCACAACCUGAUCAAGCAAAGAUUCGUCCUGAGUUUGGUUCCCACAAUUGGAGCGAAGGCGAUUCGCGAUCGGAGUUUUGGACAGAAACCCUCGCAAAGCCUCUUUCUUUAACAGCUGAGAAGAAAGAGGAGAGAGAAACAUGGCACAAAACGACACCAAGAAGAGGAAGAAGCCCAACAUCCUGGUCACCGGAACGCCGGGAACCGGCAAGACUACGACCUCCUCCGCCCUCUCGGAGAGCACUCAGCUACGCCACAUCAACGUCGGAGACUUGGUCAAGGAGAAGAAUCUCCACGACGGUUGGGACGACGACCUCCAUUGCUAUGUUAUCAACGAAGACCUCGUGUGCGACGAGCUAGAGGAUUUGAUGGAGGAAGGAGGGAAUAUCGUGGACUACCAUGGAUGCGAUUUCUUUCCCGAGCGGUGGUUUGAUCUUGUCGUUGUUCUUCAAACCGACAAUUCCGUGUUGUACGAUCGAUUGCACAACAGAGGUUAUCCGGAGAAGAAGCUUCAGAACAAUAUCGAGUGCGAGAUAUUCCUAGUGCUGCUUGAGGAGGCAAAGGAAAGCUACGCGGAGGACAUAGUAAUGGCGUUAAAGAGCGAUAAUAUUGAAGACAUCACCAGAAAUGUUUCUGCUUUGACCGAUUGGGUGAGGAAUUGGCAACCGCUUUCAUCUUAAUUAGUGUAAUCAUCCUCAUUCAAUGUGACUUUUGAGAAAAGUGUUUGGUUUGUAAUGAAAUUUUAUCACUUUUUGGGUUGAAAAUGUUAAUUUUGAUGUUUGAGACUUACUUGUAGCUUCAGCUUUCACUUAUAAAAUGA